AGUGCUACUGUGCGUCCAAAAAGAUAAAUAUUUAUAAAAGAUAAGGCAAAAAUCGCCAAGUUUAAGACCGGCAAGUUACGGAACAGCGAAACGAAAUGGCGGAGAAUUUUGGAAGGGAAACGCCACCGAUUUACAACGAGGAAGUCAAGACUGCGGGACAACCGUUGUCGGAUUUCUUGUUGCAAUUGGAGGAUUAUACACCUACGAUUCCUGAUGCCAUCACCGAACAUUAUUUGCACACAGCUGGUUUCAAUGCCACUGAUCCAAGAAUAGUACGCCUGGUGUCCUUAGCGGCGCAAAAGUUUAUUUCAGAAAUUGCCAACGAUGCGUUGCAGCACUGCAAAACACGUGGUGCCAAUCAGAACACAAAAACAAAGGGAAAAGACCGACGUUAUACUCUGACUAUGGAAGAUCUGACACCAGCGGUUGCGGAAUAUGGCAUAAUAGUGAAGAAACCACAUUAUUUUGUUUGAUUGCUAUACAAUUCGAUGCGUGCACUUCGUUAAAUCAUAUCAGUGCAAUAAUAUGUAGCUGCAUUUUUAGAGAGUCACUAAGAAUCAAUGUCGCAUAAAAAUAAUACCUUUCCUUUUUAUAAGGGAAAAGUUUCAUAUUCAUGCAUGUUUCAGUUUGAAUAUAUUGAAUAAUUUGAUAAUGUCUGAGAAUUUGUACUUUAUUAGGAACAAUAUUAUUAUAUGAAUAAGUCCCCUAAAACGUUAUAGCUUCAUAUAAUUACAUUACUGUGGCACGAAUAUAAAUAUACACACAUCUUAUUAUAUCAUUGUAUCGUUGCUAGAGUUUUUGUAAGAGAUUAAAAAAUAAAUUUAAUGGAAAUUGUCAUACUGUA